AGAAAAUUGUAAACGCAAACAAAUAAACAAACAAGUAUUUUCCGAAGUAAGAACAAAAUAAAAAAGUGAAAUACAACAAUGAUUUUACCAAAUAAGAAAUGCUACUUCCGCAUUUUAUGCAAAUGACUAAGAACGGCAUACUGUAACUAAUAUUCGAAAUUGGCGCCUAAAUGAAUUUGCGUAACGGAUAUUUCGUUGGUAUAAAUAAGCACGGGCGAAAUUAAUUGGACAUAAUCCAAGUCCUACGUUAGUGGUGCGAACAAUUCAAGAAACUAGCAAAAUGAAGCUUUUCAUUGCCGCAUCCUUUGCCUUGUUGGCCUUUGCCACUGCUGAUGUCUCUCACCUUGGCGGUGGUUACAAUUAUCCUGCUCCUGUGCAUGAAGCUGUACGCUCGCAGCCGAUUGCACCUGCUCAGGGCUACAGUUACCCAGCGCCAGCUCCAGUCCACGAAGCUGUCCAAUCCCAACCGAUUGCCCCAGCACCCGCCCAGGGCUACAGCUACCCAGCUCCAGCUCCAGUCCACGAAGCCGUUCAAUCCCAACCGAUUGCUCCAGCGCCUGCCCAGGGCUACAGCUACCCAGCUCCAGCACCACCUGCACCUGCUCAAGGCUACAGUUAUCCAGCUCCAGCUCCGGUCCAUGAAGCUGUGCAAUCGCAACCGAUUGCUCCACAAAAUACGUAUAUUCCACCAACUGCAUCGCUCGGUCAAGAUGGUUAUCGCUACAAGACCGUCCGCCGUGUUGUCUACAGACGUCGGUUCUAAAUUUGGAAAUGUCCCGAAUGCUCCAAAAUUUUGACUGAUUUUGUUACGAAAAAACCUGAUAGAAUUUAAUAAACGUUGUUGAAAGUUUUAAUAUAA